GUUGGUAAGAGUGAGAAAGAGAAAAGAGAGAGUUGGUCCACUCGCCACUCACUCCAUUCGCUCAAAGCUCAAGUCUGCAUUCAGCGUCGUUUCCCCACACCCAAUAAACGAUUCAUACAAAGUUGGAAUCUUUUGAGCAAUAACGUUAACCCCAUUAACGUUUUCGUUUUGGUUGAUGGGUGCAUCAUACAUAGGUGAGUUUUAGUUUUGGGUGAUGGAGUUGGGAGGGGUUCGGUUGAUCGGGGAUUACAUAUUGGGUCCUCGAAUCGGGUCGGGUUCGUUUGCGGUGGUGUGGCAUUCAAGGCAUCGACACUCGGGUUUGGAGGUUGCGGUUAAGGAGAUUGAUAAGAGACAACUCAGUUCCAAAGUCAGAGACAAUCUUCUCAAAGAGAUUUCUAUUCUCAGCACAAUCCAUCACCCCAACAUCAUUCGACUCUUCGAAGCUAUUCAGACCGAUGACAGGAUUUACCUUGUUUUGGAGUAUUGUGGUGGUGGGGACCUUGCUGCUUACAUUCAUCGCCAUGGCAAAGUUUCUGAACCCGUUGCUCGCCAUUUCAUGAGGCAAUUGGCUGCUGGUUUGCAGGUGCUUCAUGAAAAAAACCUCAUUCAUAGAGAUUUAAAACCACAGAACUUACUAUUGGCAACUAAUGCAGCUAUACCAAUUAUGAAAAUAGGGGAUUUUGGUUUUGCAAGGUCUCUUACACCCUGGGGGUUGGCAGAUACGCUAUGUGGUUCACCUUAUUACAUGGCUCCAGAGAUAAUAAACUGUCAACAGUAUGGUGCCAAGGCUGAUUUAUGGAGUGUUGGGGCAAUAUUGUAUCAGCUGGUGAUUGGGAGGCCGCCAUUUGAUGGAAAUAGUCAAUUGCAGCUUUUUCAAAAUAUUUUGGCAUCCACUGAGCUGCACUUUCCGCCAGAGGCUUUAAAAGAGCUACAUUCUGAUUGCUUGGAUCUUUGCAGAAACCUUCUACGUCGAAACCCAGAUGAGAGAUUAACAUUCAUGGCUUUCUUCAAUCACAAUUUCCUACAGGAAUCCAGGUCAACUGUGAAUUUUGAGCAGUUUCAAUUACAUCAAUCAGAAAAAUCAGUGGUUCAUCAAUUAGGUGGUUCUGCCUCUGAGAAGGUGUCUCAAACCCAUUCUGAUUGUCAUAUUGAGUCAUUUUUAGAUGAUCCAGUGGUAGUCAGUUCAGCCAUAUAUGGGACUAUGCUGUCACAAAGAAAGGAUGGCAAGAUCAUAGCUGACACAAAGAGUGUUAAAGGUUCAAUCCCAACUAUUUCAAGGGAUAAACUGGGGAAGUCUGUUGAUGCUGGUGCUCAUUUGUCAAACCAACCCCAAAUUUCCCGUUUAAUGAAGUCCAUUGAAAGAGAUUAUGUCAUUGUCGAUUCUCAUUUUGCAUCAUUGGAGGCUUUCUCUGACUACUUUGAGGCAUCUGUGCAAGAUAACACCUCAAGCAUGACUUCUAUAUUUCCUUUAAAGAGGACUAACCUGGAGAUUGAUGUUGCUUUGCAACCAAAGGAUCAGUCAUCUUCCUCAACUGGCAGAUUGGAAAAUUUAGAAGGCAAUGAACAUGGGGCAUCAGUGGCAUCCUCUGAAUUUGCCUCCUUAAGGAGAGAGCAGGGAAGUUCCUCACUUCACCUUUCAAACAGGUUAGAGUUAUUGCAUCAGUAUGUGCAGACCCUUGCAGAACUUUCACAAAAAAAGUGUAAUUCAGGACUGUAUCUUGAGUCACUUGCAAUUGAGUUGGUGGUUUUGGCUAUGUGGAAGAAAGCUCUUGAAAUUUGUAGCUCUUGGGUAGUUUCCAUUACCGAGGGUCAGUUGCCUACAAGCAGUUCAGCUAAUGAAUCCGCAUUUGACCGCAGAGAUGUGGGGUUAUCACUGACAGAUUUUAGAGAUCAUCCUUCUGUUUUCUUGUGGGCCAAACACGAGUUUAUUGUUGCUGUUGAUCGUGCUGAAAGACUGUCAUAUCAUAUUAAAAGUAUGGAUGGGGCAGCUGAGAUGCCAGAUGCAAUGGAAAUUAUAUUCCAAAGAGCACUCUUAUUCGGGACCAGUGGCGCUGUGGAUGAAUUGAUGGAGAACAAAGAUAGGGCCGUUGCAUCUUACUCAAAAGCAAUGCUUUUACUUUCUUUUAUUGUGGGAGAAGCAGAGAACCUUCCACUGAACCCACCAUUUUCCCUUCCUGCUGCUGAUAAGGAGCGAAUCUUGCAAUAUAUUCGCUACUUGCAGUCUCAUAAAAAAUCUUCAUCAGAGGCCUCUACAAAAGGAGCCCAUACUCUCUUAUCAAAGUAAAUAACCGGCUGUAUAUAGUAGUCUUUGCAACACCGUUUAUUGGAAUUGGUGAAGCAAUUUUUUGCUGACAUGAAUGUUGACUUCAUAUGAAUGUGGACGAGAGACAGCCUGACUGAUACCGUAUUGUACAUAGAUUUAUAUAACUAUCAUGGCUUUGUAGAUGGACUGGACUUUACUGCAUAUGUUAUGUAUAUAAUAUCGUUAAUUCUUUGACUUGGAAUUUUUGAAAAGUGUAUAGGAUCAAUGAAUUGUAAAAACAAUUAUCAAAGUAUUUCAAAAAUGGGAUGCAAAUGGAUUAUUUUAAUGAAAAUUGUCAUAAUUUCAGUACUGGGACACACCAAAGCGUAAACCGUGUCCAGUCAGAGCCUAUUUGUUUGCAUUUGUUUCUCACCGCAACCGUACUGAAUUUGGCUUCCUAAUGCACAAAAAGUAAAAGGAAGAAAUUGUUCCGUAGGUAAAACGCCUGUGGUAGUGGAAACAUAAACGGGCUUAGUUACUACAAGCAAUUUAAACCUGUUACUAUUUCAAUAUUUAUCACUGAUUUUCUUUGCAAAAUAGAGUUUGGUGAAAAAGAAUUAAUACGAACUGAAGUGAUAAAUAUAGAAAGUCAAUAUAUAUCAUACAAAAGAAAAUUUAGGAUUGAGAAUCAUAACUUCACUCUAUCAAGGCAGCAGUCAAACUUCGAAGCCUAAAAAGGAAAAACGAAAAAUCACUUUCGUGACAUUCAAUGUAAUGCAACCUGUCAUGAACACAGGCAUAUAAAAUUUUGUUCAAUCUGAGC